AUGAUGACCGACGCCGUGCUGGUGGAUCGGGAUCAGCUGCGCCGUGAAUCGGCCCGCUUGCUCCGAGAAACCGCCUCCCUCGGGGGACGGCUGGCGUCGACGACGACGACGACGACGACGACGACGACGACGACGACAAAUGCGGGGGCGGCAAGCGCAAGAAGCAAAGCAGCACGCGUAAAGCUCGACCCGAAGGAGCGCUCGAAACGAAGCUUGAAGGCGGCGUUCUCCAAAGCCGGCAUCCUCAGCCGACGGUCGCGAACCGCGUCCACCUCAUCCACAACCGCAACUGCAACCGAAAGCAAUGCUACAACAGACCCUGCAUCGACCUUGCUCUCCCUGGCCGCAGGCACCACCAAGUGCUGCUCUCGGAAAGACCUCAAGCGCAUCACCCUCCAAAAGCUCUCGGAGCAACGCAAAGUCAUGUUUGCUCAAGAUGACGCUUACCGCCAACUCGAUGAGGAAGACUUUGAGGAUUCCAUGCAGCAUGAGGACAACGACGACGAAGACGAUGAUCAAGAUGAUGACAACCACGAGGACGACGAGGAAGAGGAUGAGACGGACGCUGAGGACGACGAGCAAGAUGCGCAGCAGGAAGCCGACUGUGCUGAUGGUGGCGAUGACCACGGUGACGUUGAUGCAGACCUUGCUGCCGUGGCAAACGCGCUCGCCCCCAACGCCAGCAAAGGCACCACGAUGCCAAGCACGAGUGACAACACGACCACGAACGCUGUUGCUGCUACCAGCGACACCAACAACAACGAUGACGACUGGUCAGCGCUUGACCCGGAGAUGCUGGAGUUGUGCUCGGGCCAAUUUGAGACGCAAGCCGCACCCAAGGAGGACAACGACGAUGACGCGACUGGCAGCAACGAUGCCGCUGCCGGCGCCAAGAAGAAAGGGCAGAGCAUCGUGGAUGUGCUGUUGGGAAAGAAGGUGGAGAGCGAGGUGAAGGCCCCGACAACAGCGGGUAUGCUAAUGGACGGGAUGGCGUUCAAGGCAGCGGGUGUCGGUGGCAGUGACAACAGCACCAAGGAUGGUGCAGCACGCAAUGAACCCCACGCGUCGUCAACAUCGUCAACAUCAUCGUCAUCAUCGUGUGUGGGUGAUGGGUGUGAUGACCGCACGGCUGCGAGCACAGAGCGCGAGGCAACGCAGCAUGAGACCAUCACGUCUACCACAGCCGUCACCGGCACGACCAGGCUUCGCGGGCGAGGUCGUGCACAGACCACCAACAACAUCAAUAAUGACGACAACGACGACGAUGCCAGGCAGGAGAUGGUGUCGCGUCGGAGUGCGGAGUACAGAUUCAGCCCAGACCCAACGGAGGAGGGCGAGGACGACCACGGCCACGGCCUCAACGACAGCAACAACAGCAUGUUUGGUGAUGGCGCUGAUGCAACGCAACUCGUUGAUCCGUCUGAUGAUGAUGAUGAUGACGAUGAUGAUGGUGAUGGUGAUGGUGAGCGGUGGGUGUCUGGCCAGGGCGGGCGCAGUGCACGUGCGCGCGGGUUCCUUGACGACGCCGCAGCUGACGACGACGAUGAUGAUGACAUGUUGGAUAUGGAGGGUGAUGGUGAUGAGGAGGAGUGCGAGGUUGGAGUCGGGGAUGCACAGGAGGAGGCGCGGGCGGCGGCGAGAGAGGCAGAGCGGCUUGGUCUCUUUGAUCACUGCAGGGAACAGCAGCAUGGUGAUGAUGGUGAUGAUGUGGAUGAUUGCGACGAUGCUGAUGGUGACCUCACCCAAUGUGGUGGUGACACGCAGCCAACAACACAGCCAGACGGCAGCAACAAUAACAACAGCAGCAGCAAGCCCGUGCCACGCACAUCGUCAUCAUCAUCGUCGUCUGCAGCAACAGCAUCGCUGCUUGGGCUGGUGCGCCAGCAGUCAUCCAACCGCGGUCCGCUCACUGGCGAAGACAGCGUUGACGGGCGCGCGGCGAGUGAUGACGAGCAUGGCGAGUAUGACGAGGAGGAGGAGAACAGGCUGCUGCAGCGCGCAGACUUUGCUGAGCACGUGACCGUUGCCCGCGUCGAGAGCAGCCAGCAGUCGCUGUUUGACGACAUCUUUGACGAUUCGUCCAACUCGCAGCUGUCAUUCACGCGCACCACAUCGCGUACACGCUCGCGCGCUGGCUCCGUGUCAACGCGCUUCUCCCUGACGCGGUCGGACUCUCUCCUCCGCCGCUCGUCGCAGGACCUUGACUUGAUCCGCACUUCAAAGUGCGCACGCACCAAGGCAACGACGGGAACAAGCAAAGUGUUUACGUUCAACGUUGGCGCCAAAUCGCGCCGGAAGCAGAGCAACCCGCAGCGGCACGACCCGCCCCCAAAGCGCGGCAAGCGCCAGUGACGC